AUGUCAUUUGGACGAGGAGCUCCGCGCGGUCGCGGCGGUGGUGGUUUCGGUGGUCGCGGUGGCGGUGGUUUUGGCGGCCGAGGUGGCUUCCAGCAGAGGGAUAUGGGCCCUCCUGCGACGAUUCUUGAGAUGGGCAAGUUCAUGCACGCUUGCGAAGGAGAGAUGGUCUGCGAGAGCAUCAACCCCAAGGUCCCUCACUUUAACGCCCAGAUCUUCCUCGAGAAUAAGACCGCUGUUGGCAAAGUCGACGAAGUCCUCGGACCCAUCAACCAGGUUUACUUUACCAUCAAGCCCUCGGAAGGUAUCCAAGCCACUUCCUUUAAGGAGGGUGACAAGUUUUACAUUGGAUCCGAGAAGCUCCUUCCGCUGGAAAAAUUCCUUCCGAAGCCGAAACCCCCUCCGGGUGCGCCCAAGGUCAAGCGAGCAGGCCGUGGAGGCCCAGCAAGAGGUGGCCGCGGUGGCCGUGGAGGCUUUGGAGGUCGCGGAGGUGCCCCGAGGGGUGGCCGCGGCGGUAGUGGUUUCGGCGGCCGUGGCGGCGGUGGCCGCGGCGGCGGCGGUUUUGGCGGCCGCGGCGGUACGCCGAGAGGAGGCGGUGGCUUCAGCAGUGGUCGGGGCCGCGGUGGCUUCAGCAGAGGAGGCCGGUAG